UACUCAAACACUUUCACAGGCAGUGGCAGUGGAACUGCUGCUCAGCUCCUCCUACUACUCCACCACUGACCACUCCACUCCACAGCUCCACUCCACCUUCUAGAACAAUCCAGAGGCUCUCCCACUCCGCAUAGUCUUCCCAUAGCAACCCCAAGACCAUCGCACAAGCGCAACCGAGCCGCGCCGGCAACAAUGGCGGUGGGCAACGGCCUGAUCCUGUACCACAUCCUCGGGCUGGCCUCCUGCAUCGCGCUGGUCUACUUCUCCCUCGGCGAGGUGGACCUCCGCGACGCCCUGCCAUCCCUCCCGUUCUCGGGCGGCGCCUCGCGCGCGGCGGCGGCGUCCCUGCCCUUCGUGGAGCGGCGCGGCAAGCGCCUCUUCCUGGACGGCCGGCCCUUCUACAUCAACGGGUGGAACUCGUACUGGCUCAUGGACCUCGCCGUGGAGCCGAACACCCGCCCCCGCGUGUCCAGCAUGUUCCGCACCGCCGUCUCCAUGGGCCUCACCGUGUGCCGCACCUGGGCCUUCAACGACGGCUCCUACAACGCCCUCCAGCUCUCCCCCGGCCACUUCGACGAGCGCGUCUUCAAGGCGCUGGACCGGGUGGUGGCGGAGGCGUCGGAGCACGGCGUGCGGCUGAUCCUGAGCCUGGCGAACAACCUGGACGCGUACGGCGGGAAGCGGCAGUACGUGCGGUGGGCGUGGGAGGAGGGCGUCGGCCUCACCGCCUCCAACGAUUCCUUCUUCUUCGACCCCGCCAUCCGCGACUACUUCAAAGUCUACCUCAAGACGUUGCUGAUGAGGAAGAAUCACUUGACGGGGUUGGAGUACAGGGACGACCCUACCAUCCUCGCGUGGGAGCUCAUGAACGAGCCCAGAUGCACCUCCGAUCCAUCUGGUGACACUCUGCAGCGUUGGAUGGAGGAGAUGUCUGCGUACGUGAAAUCGAUCGACAAGAAGCACCUCCUCACCGUCGGCACCGAGGGGUUCUACGGCCCGACGAGUUCUCAAGAAAAGCUGAACAUCAAUCCGGGAGAAUGGUUCCCCAACAACUACGGCGCGGAUUUCAUCCGCAACUCCAAAAUACAAGACAUCGACUUUGCUUCCGUCCAUGUUUACCCAGACAAUUGGUUGCAGCACGCCAGUCUGGACGAGAAGCUCAAGUUCAUGACGCGGUGGAUCACCGCCCACGUGGAGGACGGCGACGGGGAGCUGGAGAAGCCCGUGCUGGUGACGGAGUUCGGGCUGUCGCACCAGGUGGAGGGCUUCGAAGACGCGCACCGGGACGUCCUGUACAGGGCGGUGUACGACAUCGUCCACGGCUCGGCCAGGCGGGGCGGCGCCGCCGGCGGCGCACUCGUGUGGCAGCUCGCCGCCGAGGGCAUGGAGGAGUACCACGACGGCUUCUCCAUCGUACCCAGCGAGAGGCCGUCCAUGAUGCGGCUGAUCAAGGAGCAGUCGUGCCGGCUCGCCGCGGUGAGGUACGGCGAGGAGGGGGCCAGGAAGGUCCUCAAGACGGUGUGCGCCUGAUCGUUCUGAUCGUUUCUUUUUUUUAAAAAAAAAAAUCACGUCCUAGCUUCUUGUCCUCUUGAAGAAAAGAAGAAGAAAAAUCCAGCGACGAAAUGCGCAGGAGAAAAUCAGUGCGAAAUCGCACGAAAUAGAGUGUAAUCAAUGUGCGUGCACAUCUGCGUGGCAAGGUUCUGCGCAGAUCGGCGCCGACGUCUGCAGAUCCGCCGACACGGCCCAGUGGUUUUUUUUUUUUUUUUUUUUUUUUUUUUUUUUUUUUUUUUUGCCUUCUGUCUUUUGUGUGUGUUGUACGUGCCCUUGACCUUUGAUAUGUUAAAUCAUUGUCGAGUGGCAGGGGAAUCCAGUUAUAUAUAGUCAUCGGACAGUGUAUUUCUGCGCGGGAGGUUUUUAUAUAGCUGCCUGUAAGCAUAAUAAAAAGAGGCAAAUACAACACUUAAAUGUGAUCAGGUAAAGCAUUACUAAA